CCAACCAAACCAACAUCCUACGAUUUGCAGCCUGCAAAUUCCUUAAGUUCUAUCAAAAAUUGUACAGUAGAAAGGAAAUAAAAAAACAAAAAACCAACCUUUCUUGAGAACUUUCGGUGUUCAAAUUUCAGACAACCAAAAAUGGUUGCUAACGUUCGUUUCGUUACCAUUACUUUUUCUUUGUUUGUGCUCUUAGCAAUAUUGCCAGGUUCCUUCUCGGCGAUUCCAAGAAAACUGGCUUUGGUUAAGCCAGAACCAAUUGUGCUCAAGUACCACAAAGGUGAGCUCUUGAAAGGCAAUACGACAGUGAAUCUCUUGUGGUACGGCAAGUUCACCCCUAGCCAACGUGCUAUAGUUGUCGAUUUUCUAAAAUCCCUCAGCCCCACAGGCCGCCGCGGCCCCCCGCCACAGACGGUGGCUUCAUGGUGGAGCACCACCCAGAAGUACCUUGGAAGUCCAUCCACCAUCGCCGUCGGGAAACAGGUUUCAUUGAAUUACCCUCUUGGAAAGGAGCUGAAAGAUUCGCAAAUUCAAGCCUUGACCUCCAAAUUUAGUCACGUCAAUACCGUUAACCUGGUCCUGACGGCGUCCGACGUGGCAGUUGAAGACUUCUGCAUGAACUCGUGUGGGACCCACGGGUGGACCCGUGGGAGGAAGGCGCAAAAGUAUGCCUAUGCCUGGGUGGGUAACGCCGUCAGUCAGUGCCCCGGCGAGUGUGCUUGGCCUUUCCACCGGCCAAUCGUCGGGCCGCAAACGCCGCCGUUAGUGGCACCUAACGGAGACGUUGGGAUUGACGGAUUGGUGAUUAAUCUGGCAACGGUUUUGGCUGGGGCUGUUACGAAUCCGUUUGAUGGGGGUUACUUUCAGGGCCCUCCCACCGCGCCGUUAGAGGCCGUUUCUGCUUGUACUGGAAUAUUUGGAUCGGGCGCCUAUCCGGGAUUUCCGGGUACGGUUUUGGUUGAUAAGACCACCGGGGCGAGCUACAAUGCUCGCGGGGCGAAUGGCCGUGAAUAUCUGCUGCCAGCCAUGUGGGAUCCCAAAACGUCGACGUGCAAGCCACUCGCGUGAGACGAAACCUCCUGAGCAAAAUAAAAUACUAUAAUAUAUAUAUUAUAUACUGACCUCAAGCAAUUUCAAUUUUUAUAAUUUUCCUGCUGCUGUUGAUUUUUGAGUUGAAUGUGUUCCUAUAGGGUUAUUUAAAAAGGAAGAAAUACUUAAAUUAAUGAUUAUAAUUGAGAGAAUUUGUACUUUGUAAAACUCCUUGCAGAAGUCGUGAAGACCUGUUUGAUUAAUUUAUGUUUCCGUUGAUUUUCAUUUUCGUUUAUCUGACUAGAUCUCAGA